GAUUUCAGUCUAAAUUGCCCUCUGGCUCCCAUCCAGCAAAAAUGAAGCCCGGCCUGGACAAACUUGUAAUUUUAGGGGGUAUUUUCCUCCUAGGCAGUCUUACCGUGGGGGAGGCAUCCCUCUGCAGUAAUAAUGUAAUCGAGACGACCGCCACAAUUUGCCCGGGCGCAGGGAUCGACGCGGCGGCCAAUGUUUCUUAUAGAUUUGCAACGAUCCGAGAUCUGGCUUGGGUCCUAACGCCUCGCUCUUACUUCCUCUCGAACGGAAAUCAGUUCACGUACCGCUCCAUUUACGAGUGCCUCUCCGGCAGCUGUGCCCCCGACCAGGCCGCGAUUGAAGGGAUGUUCACCAACGUGGACUUCACACUGGACGACAUGACCGUUAAAAUUGAUGAUGGCGCGAAAUAUAUUCAUUUAAUUUGCACCCCAAGAGCACUUACUGUUCAAGGGCUUUGGAACGUCAUCACGUCGACUUUGAAGGCUCUCCCUAUCCUGGAUUGGGACUCGAUUGAGACCGCUCUCCAGCAGGUGGCAGUCUUGUACCCCACGUUGCCCAUCUUAAUUCAAGAAUUUGCCCGAUUCUCGUGCCACCCGCAUCCACUCUGUCUUCCGCAGAUAAUCGACACUCCAUUCUGCUCGAGGGGGACACGCCCGUCAUACUUGCAACGAUGGGACGCCGUGAUUUCAUGGACCGACCACAUUUCCGACACGACCGGAACGGGAACCGCAUUCAUGUUGUCGAGUUGUAUAAACGAGAAGGGGGCGUGGUCCGUCAUGUCUCAAGUGCCGCAACAGGGGAGCGAAAGCAUCGACGAGUUUUGGCAAGUACCAACCAACCAGUCCUUCAACCCGGAUUAUUAUACUUGGCAAAACUACAACUAUUUGUGAAAUGCGGACGCAUCAAAAUGCAUUUAGGUAUACAUACAUAAGUAUGAAUUUAGCUAUGUCCGUAGCUGGUAAAUCAAUAAAUAAAUUUUAAAUUUUAAGCGGAAAGGUUGCGUAAUAUAGCAUAUAUUAAACCAUAGUCUAUAAAUUAAAGCCAAUGGCUUAAUUUUGGGACAGUUGUGUGGAGAAAGUUGUUUCUCUAUUUCUAACUGGAUUUUUAGUCAUACGUGAAUUUGUUUAUUCGUAUUAUUACAUCUUAUAUUUAAUAACAUAAUAAACCGUUACAAACGACUGUAACCAAGGGG